UCUGGUAUGGUAUCCAACCCAAACCCGCAACCCAUGAUCCGGCAGAGGGGUUUGUGACUUGUGUGGAUUCGAAACGCAGAAGAGAGGAGUUGAUGUUGGUUUCAAAUUAGUUUAGUAUUGCAAAGCUAAAAGCAAGUUGGUAGUGUAGCGUCAUGUGGAGGCUCUCACUCAGAUACCCAUUUCUCAACCCAGAUCAAAGAAGAAGACCCUUCAAAUCUAUUGACUUUUGUAGCAUCACCAAUGCCAAAGAUAUCCAAGACAUUUCCUGGGAAAUCUCUAACUUUCUUGGACAUGACAACUGGCGGUCUUUCAUGGCGUCCUCAGACAUACCCAUGAAGCUAAACCCAGAAGUUGUUCGGUUUGUUCUGCACCAAAACCAGGUGGGUGACCCCAAACGCCUCUUAGAUUUCUUCAACUGGUCCAAAUCCCAAAUGGGUAUUCCUCAGAAUUUAGAUUCUUUCUCUAUUCUUGCUGUUUUGUUAUGCAAUUCCAAUCUCCUUGGACCCGCUAGUAGGCUGUUACAGCAAAUGAUAAGAACACAUUCCGGGUCGUGUUUGUUGGUUUUCGAUUCGGUUCUUUGUUGCUUUAGAAAUAGAGGUUCUAAUCCUGUGGUGUUUGAUAUAUUGAUUGAUAGUUAUAAGAAGAUGGGCAUGUUGGGUGAUGCGGCAAAUGUUUUUUUGGGUGCCAAAAGCGGUCACAUUAUGCCCAGUUUGAGGUGUUGUAAUGCUUUAUUGAAAGAUUUGUUGAAAGGUAAUUUGAUGGAAUUGUUUUGGAAGGUGUAUAAUGGGAUGCGGGAUGCUAAGAUGGAGUUUGAUCUUUAUACUUAUACAAGUUUAGUUGGCGCACUAUGUAAGGCUGGGGAUAUAACGGGGGCCAAAAGGGUUCUUCAUGAAAUUAGGGAGAAGGGAUGUAGUCCUAAUUUGUUUAUCUACAAUGUGGUUAUUGACCGAAUGUGCCGAGUUGGUGCAAUAGCUGAAGCUAUUGAGCUGAAAAAGUCAAUGUUUGAAAUGGGAUUAGUCCCAGAUACACAUACUUACAAUGUAAUUAUUAACGGACUUUGCAAUGGGGGGAAAUUGAAAGAUGCAAAAUUGAUGUUGGAAGAAAUGAAGCAGAGAGGUUUGAAGCUUAAUGAUUUCACAUACUUGGUUUUCAUUGAUCGUUUCUUGAGGGAAGGAAAUAUAGAUGAGGUUUUGCAACUUAAAAAUGAAAUGGUUUCUUGUGGUAUGCGUCUAAACAUAAGUACAUACAAUAUGCUUGUUCGUGGUGUUUGUAAGUACAGAAACACGGAGAAGUCCCUUGAAAUUGUUGAUGAGAUGAUCAGAAUGGGUUGCAAACCGAACUCCCAAACUUAUAGUUUGUUGAUCGAAGGGUUUUGUCAGGAGCAUAACAUAGGCAGGGCAUAUGAACUACUUUGUGAGAUGGAGACCAGGAGCGUGGUGCCCACAGUUGCCACAUACUGUACAAUUAUCCAUGAAAUGUGUCUUCAUAACAAUAUUGCACAAGCAAAUGGCCUCUUAGGGGAAAUGGUUGCAAAAGGCUUGAAGCCGAAUGCCGUGAUUUACAGAUCUCUUAUUAUGGGCUAUGUCCGUGAGGGGACAAUUGAAGAGGCAAGAAGGAUUUUGAAAGAAAUGAGUGAUAAAGGAGUUGCACCAGACAUAUUUUGCUACAACCAUAUAAUAACGUUUCUCAGCAGAGCUGGAAAGAUGGAAGAGGUAAAGGCAUGCUUCACUGAAAUUCUAGGAAGGGGUCUGACCCCAGAUGCUGUUACUUAUGGGGCUUUCAUCUGUGGAUUCAGUAGGGUAGGAAGAAUGCAGGAAGCAACCAAAUAUUUUAAUGAGAUGCUUGGUUGUGGUUUAAUGCCGAACAAUCUUGUUUACACCAUCUUGAUUGAUGGGCACUUCAAGGCAGGAAACGUUAUGGAAGCUUUUGCAACAUUUCGAUGCACACUUGCGCUGCGUGUGCUUCCAGAUGUGCAAACAUACAGUGUCUUUAUUAAUGGCCUCUUGAGGAGUGCGAAAAUUAAAGAGGCCAUUGAUGUAUUCUCUGAAAUGAAAAAAAAGGGUUUGGUUCCUGAUGUUGUCUGUUACAGCACUCUCAUCUCUGGGUUGUGCAAGCAAGGUGAGGUAGAGGAAGCUUUCCAGCUUUAUAAUGAAAUGCAAUGUGAAGGGGUGGAUCCAAAUAUUUUUAUCUUCAAUGCGUUGAUUGAUGGGCUGUGCAAGUCAGGUAACAUUCAGAGAGCUAGAAAAUUGUUUGGUGGUGUCUCAGAAAGGAGUUUCAAACUUGACAAUGUAACCUACUCCACAAUGAUAGAUGGAUACUGCAAAUGUGGUAAUCUAAUGGAGGCAUUUUGUUUAUUUGAUGAGAUGCUGUCAAAGGGGGUUGGGCCGCAUAGUUAUGUCUAUAAUUCUCUUCUCUAUGGCUGUUGCAAGGAAGGAGAAAUGGAAAGGGCUCUGAAACUCUUCCGCGAAAUUGAGCAGAAGGGCUUUGCUACUACUCUUUCUUACAACACUUUAAUUGAUGGAUUCUGCAAGGCAAAUAAGCUGCAAGAAGCAAACCAAUUGUUGCAAGAAAUGAUUGAUAAAGAGAUAAAGCCUGAUCAUGUGACCUAUACAACUGUGAUUGACUGGCAUUCCAAGGCAGGGAAGAUGGCAGAGGCAAACAAGCUCUUCUUGGAGAUGCAGGGGAGAGAUAUAAUGCCAGAUGUUGUAACCUACACCUCACUUAUGUAUGGUUACAGAAAAUUGCAGAAAUUAUCUGAGGUUUUUACAUUGUUUGAAGGAAUGUUGGCAAAGGGUAUUGAGCCUGAUGAAUGCUGUUACAUCAUAAUGAUUGAUGCUCUUUGUAAGGAAAAUAAUUUGGUGGAAGCGUAUAAGUUGAGAGAUGAGAUCUUGGGUAAAGGUAUGUUGACAAGGGGAACUGUUUAUGAUUCACUUCUUGAUGCUCAUUGCAGGAAGGAAGAUCUUUCUGGAGCAUCUAAGCUAUUUGAUGAAAUAAGAGAGAAAGGGUUUAAGCCCAAUCUUAGUACAUGUAGCAAUUUGGUCCGUUCUUUCCAUCAGGCUGGCAGAAUUGAUGAAGCAAUGCUGAUUUUGGAGGGUAUGAUCUGCUCCAGAUGGGUGCCAGAUGAUACUACUUUGAGUGACAUAGUGAUUGGGAACCUAAUUGAUCCAGAUUCUGAGGAUGCUGGUAAUCUUAUGAAGCAGAUAGCAUAGGAAGUUGAAACAACAUGAUUGCUUAGCAAAGGGAAAGUGUAUCUUGCUGGCAGUGCUGCAAGUGCUGGUCAUAGCCAUGGCUACAGCUUUGGUAAUCUGGAUGGAGAAGCUACUCAUGAGUUCAAUUCCAUUUAUUGAUGCUUCAAAUUGUUGCACACUGCAGGUAUCACAGCUUUCUUCAAUUGGAAAUUUUGCCACUUUUUGUACCUUUGAUAGUAUUAUUUUCAAAACAGGAGGUGAGGUUGAUUGGAGGAAUGUGCUUCUUGAACAUUUCUAUAUAGUACUCAAAGGUAUUGGAACAAGUGGGGUUUUAGGUAGCUGAUGGAGGAGAACGUAAAUUGUGGAAAUAGGUGGAGGAAAGCUGACUUUGGACCGGGGCUGCCUGUUCAUAUGGUGUUCAUUAUAGGAAAAUUGGUGGCUGGGGAUUGAAAUUUACAAGGGGCAUACUGAUGGCGACAUGGCACUGCUUCAUGUGAGUACUCACUCAUUGAUUGUUGGGGUGAUCAUUGUGUUCGGUAAGAUUCUUAAAAUAACACACCAAUUUGGUGUGUACUGACAAAAAUGUUAAGACCUUUACUUCUCUAAAGGUUUUUAUUUUUUUGAGAAAAAAGAGAGGGUAGGGGAGAGAGAGGGGGUUGACAUAGGACAAUAGGGAACAACAAAAUCUGAUUUAAAACUUCUGGGCAGAUCUGGUAGCAUUUGGGUUUUGAGGGUUUAGGGUUAGGUUUAGUGGGGAAAAGGCUAGAAAAUAAUAGGAUUAUGGGGUUUCCAAAGGGGACAAGGAUUAGUAGGGUUUGAUUGGUUACUCUGUUGUAUCUCAUUAUGUGUGAAAAAAAACAGGUGUUUGAUUGGUUACACUGUAAUAUACUUUGAUUUCUGUGCAUGGGAGAGAACCUGUGUCCAAAGCACAUGCUUUGUGGGUAUCUCAAGUAUGCAUAAGAGUCAUUUUUUCCCUUCCCUACUUUAAAGCUAAAUUGCCUACAAAACACGUGGGUCGUUAAAUUUUUUAAUAUAGAAAUGUUUCAAGUGAUUUGUAUUUUUUUCACUGAUUGUGUUAUUGGGCCAAGAAUUUGUCUUCUGUCAGCUUGGUGUUGCAUCCAGAGUUAUGUAACAAUAUUGUCAAGCAUACCAAAUCCUGACAUAGCAUUGUUUCUACAUUUAGAAGGCAGAGAGUAGAGAAGCGUCCAUCUUGAAAGCAAUAGAAAAUAGAGCAGAAAGUUUGUUUGACAUAGUUGCAGAAGUAUACUCUGAUUUGAUCGUAGUGUAUGGACUCACGGUGCGUCAAAUGUGAGGAUGUGGAUCACCUGGCUCAGCAAGAUAAGUUUUCAAAGAACAAUUUGAAGUGAUUCCCACGCAAGACUUGGCCCCUUGAUGUGGAUGCUGGCACAAAAGGGGCACGCGUUUGGGCCCGAACUGGGUGCAAUUUUGAUGGGUCUGGGCAUGGCAGAUGUCAGACCGGUGACUGUGGUGGGCUACUUGGUGCACCCCCAAACACCCUUGCCAAAUUUGCUCUUAAUUAAUAUCAAAACUUGGAUUUCUUUGAUAUCUCUCUUGUUGAUUGGUUUAAUGUUCACAUGGAAUUUUGUCCCACCAAUGGUGUCUGCACUAAAGGAAUAAGAUGUCCCGCUGUGCCGGACUCAGUUGAAAGCUCUGAUGGGUGUAACAACCCUUGUGCUGUAUUCAAGACCAAUGAAUAUUAUUGCAAUUCUGGGAUCUGCGGUCCUACAAAUAUUCCAAAAAUUUCAAGGAUCAGUGCCUGAGUGAUUACACUUAUCCUGAGGAUGAUGCAAUAAGCACAUUUACGUGCAAUGGUGGGACUAACUAUAAGGUGGUGUUCUAUGUAAGCAUUUUCAAUUCAGAACUUCCAAAAAGCUUGUGGGCCGUGUUACCUUGCCCGAUGUAUUUGGGCAUACCUUAGUAGUGGUCCCCAGUUAAUUAUAAGAAAUAGACUUCCAAACUAUUUAUUGUUGGUGCGGUGGCUAAUUUUGCUGUUCUGUACUCAAUAAAUUCAGUGGCAAGUAUGACCCAUAAGGACAUACAAUCCGGAAAUCCACGUCAGUUUCAGAUGUAAGCUUAUUAUAUAUUAGUAAUUAAUCUUUUCGCAAUCUAACGUAGGGGAGAAUUUGCAAGAAGUUAGUGGAACAGGGUCUAAAUGGUUGGUUAUUUUGAAGCUAUUGUAAAGGUCAUUGGUGUUUACAAUGUCACACCUCCCUCAAUGUUUGGAUGAUGUAAUAACAAUGUUAUAUUUAAUCGGGAUUAGUGGUAAA